AUGGCAAAAGAAACCACAAGUGGAACAGCAUUCCCGAGGGCAUUCCACACCUCCAACGACUAUCCGACCGCUGGUAAAGAUGCACCGGAUAUGUUUCAACAAUUUCAAGGGAGAGACCACACAAUCUCCCAUAGAAACAGACUUGGUAUCCGCCACUAUCCUCCGGACUCGCCCCCUCUAAAGGUCAGGUGGUUUUACGCAGUAGACUCUCCCAAAUGGAAGCCGUCCUUCUCGGACCAAACGAAAGAAAACUCGAAGCCUUUACCUGCUCCGAGAAAGUUUGUUCCGUUCACAGUGAAAGACUCUCAGGCAAUUGAGCAUGCGUUCCAGGACCUGUGCAGUGCUGAGGUCGGGCGUGAGCAAGGACAUCAACCCCAGCUGGGAGACCGUGAACCCGUGAAAGUACCUGUCAACGAGGACUAUCUUUUUGAUGUGAACAUAAGCCAAAGGGAGCUUGGCCCAGCUUACUGGAUAGGGCCUGUAUACGAAGUUCGUCGCGGGACAUGGUUCUUUCAAGAGGGAUCCGCAAUCAAACCCUGUGAAGAAAACCUUGCAGCCCAGCUAGAGGAGGGCUAUCUGAAGCUUAAACCAUGGCGUCCCGCAGUGGCCAGCGAGCAACAGUCUCAGUCUUCGUCAACCGCUAAUGGCCGUGACCAGGAGAGUACCACAAAUGUAUCUUCCAUGUCUGCAGCGGAAGCACGAAAAUACCGUCUGUUUGGCUCCUACAUGAAUAGUAUUGUUACGUACCAGGAUGCCGCAACAGCCUUGCUUACAAGUGAUGACUUCAUGUCGAGAGUGAGUACAACUGUUUAUCAGACUCUCGGUGCUGUUCCGGGCACCAGGCUACUGCGAGGGUUCUCGGAAACGAAGAGGUAUAAUGAAGCUCAAGAUAAGAAAAGCUCCGAUUCGAAAUCAGUUACUACUAGCGAGCCGCUGCCAACCGCAGAUUCCGCCAGCACGCGAGGAGCACCCAUUUCCAGCUCCAACUCGGAAUCACAGGAGCCGCCCAACACGGCCGAUCAAAGACCAGCUACAAGCUUGGAACGGCGUCUUUCAUCUUUAACAAACACGCGUGACUCGGUCGAUCUCGAAGAGCAGGUCCGUAAGCAAGAAGAAGUGGAGAUGGAAGAUCUUAGAGAGACAGAUGGCGAGGAUAGGGAGAGAGGAAUUGAUCAUCUAGUCCUGGUUACACACGGAAUCGGUCAACGGCUCGGUCUACGACUGGAAAGUGUUAACUUCAUACAUGACGUGAAUGUCCUCAGAAAGACAAUGAAGCGCGUGUAUAAAGCUUCGCCCGAUCUUCAGGCCCUCAACUCUGCCUUCUCAGAUAAACAAAACAACUGCCGUGUCCAGGUCCUUCCUGUGUGCUGGAGACAUUUACUGGAAUUCCCCCAUAAAAAGGUCGGCCAAAACCGCACGGAGCUCGAUUUGGCAGACGCGGACGCGCUUGAAGAUGAUGUCUACCCCACUCUAUCUGAUAUUACGCUUGAAAGCGUUCCCGCCGUUCGAAACCUCAUCUCAGACCUUGCCAUUGAUGUUCUACUUUACCAAAGUAAGCACCGUGAACAGAUUUCUGCUAUUGUCAGGCAGGAAUGCAACCGGAUCGCUGAGCUUUACAAAAAACGCAACCCUUCUUUUAAAGGCACAGUGAGUCUUUGUGGACAUUCUCUAGGCAGUGCAAUUUUGUUCGAUCUCCUUUGUUCAGGGGAUAUGGAACCAAGUCAGGAAAGCCUGUUUGGGGGGAAAUCUCCUUCAGGUACAUCCUCAUUUACUUUCCAGUGUGAGGAAUUUUUCUGUCUAGGAUCUCCGGUAGCUCUAUUUGAGAUGCUCAAAGGAAAGACUAUUGCCGGGUGGCCUUCUCAAUGGGACGAGAGUGUCAAGCACGGUGUCGCCAAUAGCGUUGGCUCUAGGUCCAAGCUGCAAUUGGCAACCCUAGGCACAGGGGUUGCCACUGCUGAAAACCGGGCCGCCGUCUCUGCCCCAAAUUGCCGGCAAUUGUAUAAUAUAUUCCACCCCUCCGACCCGGUGAGUUAUCGCAUGGAGCCGUUGAUAUCUCCAGCGAUGUCGUCCCUUAAGCCGCAGCCUUUGCCAUCUGUCAAACGAAGUAUUUGGACCGCGUCUGGACAGAGCCUUUCACUAAUCGGGAGCCGCGUGGGUCAAAGUGUUGGAUCGUUAUGGACCAAUUUCACAUCGGGUGUGGCAAGCACACUGCUGAACCGCAGCCUUGGUAUCAGCUCUGAGGAAAGCCCACGACAGCGCCCUGAUACCCGUUAUCAGACCCCAGCGCAAUCAAAGCUACCGGAAAACACCACCAAUUCCGGCGAUCGUAGCCCUACAUUGAUAGACCCGGACAUAGAGACGCUCUACGAGGGCUUCCAAAAAGCUAAACUAAGACGCGCGAAAACAGCCACUAAUGCAAAGCGUGAACACGACAGAGGUAUGCAGGAAGCGGAUCGUGGUCUGAGGAAAUUGAAGCUCGAGGAACAGAAAGUCAGGCUAUUGAACUCUAACGGACGAGUCGACUACAGUGUACAAGAGUAA